AUGAGGCGUCAGUACACUUGCGGUACAUCACACGUACCUGUUUGGACGCAUACAUACAUUUGUGUUCUGAGUAGUUACCUGCAUAUUCGAAUCAUGUUACCUACUCGGGAAAUCGACACUCUUACAGAGAUGCUGGUGUCUGGCUGUCGUUUAGAUGGUAGAUCAACAAAUGAAUAUCGUGAGAUUAGCUUUCGUUUCCCCCAGGCGAAAGACCACGAUGUCUCUGGUUGUUGUGUUGUCAAGAUAGGCGCCACAUCUGUCAUGGCACAAGUUUCAGCUGAAGUAAUUGAGCCUAAGCAUUUUCGACCGUCUCAAGGAAUGUUGUUUGUCCAUUUUGACGCCAGUAUUUUGAAACUAUCUAAAACUGUAUAUCAUAGACAAAAGCGUGAUGAUGAAGGACGUCGACUAUCAGCUGUCCUUCAGACACUACUUCGAGAUUGUAUUGAUUUGGACUCUCUGUGUAUAGUUGCAUGGGAACGUGUUUUCGCUAUACGCGUGGAAUUACGCGCUUUAUCCUAUGAUGGAAACUUGGGAGAUUGUGGUGCACUCGCUGCUGUUGCUGCAUUGGCUGCUUUUCGUAGACCAGAUGUUUUCGUCGAUGACAUGGGUAAAGUGUUAGUCGAUUUCGAAGCCAAAUUCCGAUCUCGAGUACCUUUGAAUGUUCGUCGUAUCCCUGUGCUUGUUACACUUGGUUUAACCUCAGAUGCUAAAGUGAUUCUAGUUGAUCCUACAGCGCGUGAAGAAUUUAUUCUCACUGGUGGACGUGUAAUGCUUGGUUUAACAAGCUUCUCAGAAAUUUGCUGUUUGUAUACAACUGGUCUUUCUGUGCCUAUUCAGUGUUCAUCUCUUUCCAAAUGUAUUCGCCUGGCCAAUACUAAAGCUAAAAGUCUUGUACCACUGUUGAAGUGGGUUUUAGAAGGUUUAUCUGCUCAACGAGAGGCGAAUUUCGCUGCUUCUCAUGCAAGGUCUAGUGAAAUCAAAGCAGAUUUACAAACAACACUAAAUGCUCCUUUGGUUCUGUCUACUACAUCGUUUUUACUGGAUCAGAGUAAUCAUGUUAACGGUGAGUCUGGUAUUUACAGAGAGGAAGGAGAAAUUCUACCUGAUGAUGGUGGUUCUUAUUCAGAUUCAGACACUGAUAUGGAGCUAGUUAGUUCUGAUGGAGAUGAGAAUCAGACUGUAUUAGCUGCGAAUGUAAAAGGUAAUCAGCGUACAACAAAAUUACUGCCCUAUGGUGUAAUUGAGGUAUGUAGUAGUAUCAAUCAGAUUGAAAAUACGACCGUAUCAGACUCAUCUGAAAAUGAAUUAUAUGAAUUCGAUUCUACGAGUAUGUUUACUGCAAGUUCUGUUGUCCGGGAGACUCCGAAUGAGACCAUUUCGGAAAGGUUUACUGAGUUUGGUGAUGCGAUAGAUAAUGCAUAUGCCAAUUCUACUGAUGAUGAAGAGGAAGAUGUGGUCACUGUUUUAAACCUUGCAUAACACCUGAACUUUUUGUAUCUCUUGUACAGUUUGCUUUAUUAAUAAAGUGGUUUUUUAAACCCUUC